AUGAGGAGGAUGACGAAUUCCGAUGGAACCGCCGCUAACGAUCGUAGGAGGAUCGUUGUGGAGCCUCAAGACCAACCGGAAUCGGAAGAAGACAAGACCCAGAGCGAUUACAUCGAUAGUCGCCAUUGUCACGUCGGUGGUGCUCCGACUAGAGUUUGCUCCGACUGCAACACCACGAAGACCCCGCUAUGGAGGAGCGGCCCACAGGGACCCAAGGUAGCCCUGCGGUCUCUUCGCUGUGUAUUGCCAUCAUCUGAUGCCUUGCCGUCUUUAAUGACCUCCUUUCUCCAUGGUCUAGUCUCUCUGUAAUGCCUGCGGGAUCAGACAGAGGAAGGCAAGGAGGGCCAUGGCGGCGGCGGCGGCUCUGACCGGCGGCCUGAUCCCCGCCGUUGCACCAUCAACGGUUCGGAAAGAGAAGACUUCAGGCUGUCAGCGCACCGUCCCAUUCAAGAAGAGGUGCCGGUUGACUCCAGGUCGGACCCGGACGAGCCUCCUCUUCGAUGAGUUCGCCAUCAGCUUGAGCAAGAGCUCGGCCCUCCACCGAGUGUUUCCCCAGGACGAGAAGGAAGCCGCCUUGUUAUUGAUGGCUCUCUCGAGUGGCCUGAUCCGCGGUUGA